AAUUGUGUUCCCGCGCAUUUAUCUGCAAAAUGUCCGCCGGGUCGGGAGACACGCUCGACGCAAUCGUAAAACGGAAUUUAAACCCAGAACAAUUGAAACAGUUUAAUAAAAUAUACUAUGGACGUGAGGAUCAUUGUGAAAUUGAAUUGAAGGAAUCUACGGUAGAAUCAAGUGUCAAGAACAAUUUCGAAGUAGCUGCUUAUGGUUUCCCUGCAGAAAAAGAGACGAGACCACCAAGGAUUGUCAAGGUCGGCUUAAUCCAACAUUCUAUAGUUCUACCUACCAACGAACCGAUAAAGGAUCAAAGACAAGCCAUCUUCGACAAAGUAGAGAAGAUUAUUGACGCUGCGGCAUCGGAACGAGUUCAAAUACUUUGUUUUCAAGAGACAUGGUCUAUGCCUUUCUUCCUAUGUACCAGAGAGAAAGUGGAAUGGUCCGAAUUCGCUGAAUCUCCAACAAACGGUCCGAGCGUAGAGUUCCUCAAAACAUUCGCUAAAAAAUACGAAAUGAUUAUAGUGUCACCUAUUUUGGAAGUAGACGAGAACGGUGUUUGGUGGAAUACUGCUGUCGUGGUUGACCAUAUGGGCAAUUUUAUAGGAAAACAUCGCAAAAACCAUUUGCCCAGUGUCGGAAGCUUUAGUGAGACAUCGUACUACUCCCCGGGCAACUUAGGCCAUGCUGUGUUCGAAACUAAAUACGGUAAAAUUGCCGUCAACAUUUGCUACGGUCGGCACCAAGCGCUCAAUUGGCUCAUGUUCAAUUUGAACGGAGCAGAAAUCGUGUUUAACCCUUCAGCUACCAUUUCCGAGUUCGGUGAAUCGUUCUGGGGCACAGAAGCGCGGACUGCCGCUAUAGCUAAUGGAUAUUUCACUUGUAGCAUUAAUAGGGUUGGUAAAGAAACUUUUAAAACUAAAGAUGGUGAUCAGAUAUUGAGAAGUUAUUAUGGUUCAAGUUACGUAACAGCACCGAAUGGCUGCAGAACUCCUGGACUAUCGAGAGUGAAGGAUGGUCUGCUGAUUGCCGAAAUGGAUCUGAAUUUGUGUCGUCAAGUGCGGGACCAGUGGGGAUUUAAUAUGACCGCCCGUUUGGAUAUGUAUGCGCAAGAGUUAAAUAAAUUGAUCUCGAAAUAAUAGCCAGAAGGACAUUUAGCUUUUCUUCUUUAAUUUACUUAAAGGAAAUCAUUGACUAACAGAGACAUCUGAAUGUGAAAUGUAUCACAUUGAAUAUAAAACAUAACAAUCA